UUUAUUUUUUCUUUAGCUUCUAUUAGAAUACUGCAACCUCUUCCUGCUACAACUAUAGUUGAUCUUGGAUCAAAAUUAACACUGUCUUGUAAUGUGAGUGGCAUUCCAAAUCCACAAUUCAGCUGGUUUAAAGAUGGACAGAAGCUGGCCUCUGAAUUAAAGCGGAGAAUACGCGAGUUAGAAAAUGGAAUUCUAGUAUUUACCACUUUGGAAAAAUUGGAUGAAGGAAAUUAUACCUGUCAUGCUGAAAAUGAUUUUGAUGCUCUGAAUUUAAGUACUCGAGUUAUUAUUCAAACUCCUCCAGACAAAUUGGUUGAUGUCAGCGUUCACCCAACAACAAUUGUAGCCACCAUCCGCUGGAGAGUUUCAGACGAUGGUGGUUAUCCAAUAACUCAUUUUACUCUGAUGUACCGUCCAUUACAUUCCAAUGAGAGAAUUGCUGCUUGGCAUAUCCCAUUUCCUAUUCUCAUUAGUCCAAUUGCACGUCAAUUUCUUGUAUAUAAUCUGCAACCGGGAAUGGAUUACAUUUUUCGCCUCUGGGCCAACAACAAAUUGGGUCCGGGAGAAGCAACUGUAGUGCAAGCCUCGACGACAAACACAUUAGAGUCUCCAGACGUGAUUCGACAUAUGUUGGCCAAUUCUGACGAGUUCAGUUCAGCAGUGUGGAUGGUGGCCAUAUCUGUAGUCAUGGGUACAGUACUUGUUUUGUCCUGUUUGAGCUGCAUACUUAUAUAUAAAGAAAGUAGAAAUGGUAUUGCAGAAGGGCCGGAGGUGACGGCACGAGUCAUUGCCAAUCCGGGAUUCGAGAUCAACCUGGAAGAGUCGUACCUGCUGGAGCGUGCAGAUUACAAUGACAAUGUGGAACGUCCCAUCAGACUCAAUAACAACACUGUGCUGCUCCCGUCCUCAGUCUAAUUCAUUUUGUUUUCAUUAGUUUGACUGUGGACUGACAUUCUGAAUUUAAGGCAUGCUUGGAUAUUUUUGUAAAAAUAUUUGACAUUUAUACAGAUCUUAUUUCUUGAUGCUGAUUUUGAACAUAAAUUUUUGUUUUUAUAAUAUUUAAUAAAAUAACCAUUUUUCAAGUGAAAA